AUGUCCUCAAGAACCGUUAGGUUCGGCGGCGACUCACCCUCUUCGGGUGGGUCGCGGGGCAGCAGCGGGAGCAACCGCCACAGCGACUCAGGAGUUGGUUCGUUCAGCGAUCAAGCCAGCCGUGGAGGGGCAGCUCAUCCUGAUCGCGUGUUCACAGCUAAAGACCUCGAGACCCAGCGCAACGACAUCCGCGCGCUGCAGGACGCCCUCGACGACGCCCGCAAGAAUGCGUCGCACUACAAGAAGAAGGCCGAGCGCAUCGACGCCGAGCUCACCCAGACACGCAAGGACCUGCGCGAGAAGGAGGCGCAAUGGCGCGGCCUCUUUGAGCGCAGUGAGCAGCUCGAGGACGAGAACAAGAAGCUCGUCCUCGAGAAGCGCGAGUUGAUGAAGGGCAUGCAGAACAUGUCGCACGACAACGAAGACCUCAAGAGGAAGCUCGGAGACGCCAUUCAGGCUCUCAAGGAACAGUACGCCAACCAGCAGCCGCCCAUGACCAAUACCAUGCCCCCUCCGCCGCCCCCUGAGCCCAAGAUUCACCGGAGCUCCAGCAAGAGGGAGAAGGUCGAUCCAGAGAAGAAGCGCCUGUCGAAGCGCUUUGAGCGCGGCGAGGAAGGGGGCAGCGAUAGCAGCGGUGGUUCUCAACCGCCGAUCACAGCAAGGCCGCCUCGUCGCCGGCGCGACAGCUAUGUCGAGCCCUGGGGCCCGCCAGCGCCAGCACCGGCGCCGCCGCCGCCGCAGCAGAGACCGAUCCCCGUACAUGUGCCGCCGUCGCCGGGCCGCAGUCGCCAAUUCGACGGCUACAUCGCCACCACUCAGCAGAACCCGCCCGUCACCAGCCACCAUCACGCACCGACAUACUCCAAUGUGCCGCGCAGCGCGGGCGUCCCCCCGAUGCAGCGGCCAUCAGUCUCUGUUCCCGAUGCGUCUGCAGACUACUAUGAUUACGAGGACGGCAAUUACCAUCCUUAUCCGCUUCCUGAAAGACCGCGGAGGACGUGA